AUGUUUGGGCCCGCCACUACUGGUGCUGCCCCCGCUAUGUUCCCCACCACCACCGCCGCCAAUACAUCUGGGCCUGCCGCCCCCACUGCUACACUCCCCGCCGCUGCCACCAAUAUGUUUGGGCGUGCCACUGCCCCCGCGUCCACCGCCACUAUACCCGGGUCCGCCGCUACAUUCCCCACCCCUGCCGCCACUGUGUUCGGGCCCGCCGCCGCUGUCACUACGCCUGCCACCACCACUAUCACCACUACUACGUCCUCCACUGCCGGUGUCGGUGGUACAGGUAUGUUACCUGGGCCGUUUGCUGGGAUGAUGCCAUUCAGCCAAUUCUUCCCUCCCAUCGCUAGCAGUGCGUAUCCGAUGCCACCCACCGGGUACGGGCCGACGUCUGUCUACUCUGGUCCGUCGAGCAUGUCAGCGACUGAUGCGACGACUCACCGUGAAUUCGACACUGGCGUGGAGUGGUAUGACAGUGCUGAUGCUGGAGAUGACAUGCAGUCGUAUGAUGAUUAG